AUGGCGGGCGGCCUCGAGAAACAGCGGCAGCGGGGAGCGGACGCGCAUGCGCCGGCAGGGCCCCCUCGUUUUCUCGAGGCGUGGAAAGGCAAAGGCGAGUGCGUAGAAGAGGGGGGGCGGGUCACGUGGCGAGCGAGUGCGGGAAGGCGCGCGCCGCCCGGCAACAGGAGGGGGGCGGAGGCGGCCGCGGCCGCCGCCGCAACAGCAGCAGGAGGCGCCGAGUCAGUACCACUUAAUGCAUUAGAACUGGGUUUGGAGACCGAAGCAGCAGUGGCUGUUAAAGCAGAACCACACACCACGUCUUCUCCGACGGUGUUGAACAUCAGGCAACCGCCAUCGACCACAACCUUUGUGUUGAAUCAGAUAAACCAGCUCCCAACUUUGGGGACGACCAUAGUAAUGACAAAAACCACACCCGUCACCACUAACCGGCAGACGAUCACCGUAGCGAAAAUUAUACAAACCGGCACCACUACCCGCCCCUCAGUCGCGGCGCCAGCAGUACGGAACGCCCUGACGGCUGCAGCCUCCAAGGACCAGAUCCAACUGAAAGACCUGCUUAAAAAUAAUAGUCUUAACGAACUGAUGAAGCUGAAGCCACCACCUAACAUUGCUCAGCCGGUGGCAACAGCUGCAACUGAUCUCAGCAAUGGAGCUGUGAAAAAGGAGGCCCCAACUAAAGAAGUGGCAAGAAUAUGGAUAAAUGAUCUAAAAAUGAGAAGUUUUUCUCCUACAAUGAAAGUGCCAGUAGCAAAAGAAGAGGAUGAACCAGAAGAGGAAGAUGAAGAAGAGAUGGGCCAUGCAGAGACGUAUGCAGAGUACAUGCCAAUAAAAUUAAAAAUUGGUCUACGCCAUCCGGAUCCAGUGGUAGAAACCAGCUCACUCUCCAGUGUUACCCCUCCAGAAGUUUGGUACAAAUCCUCAAUCCCCGAAGAAAGUAUUGAUAGUGGCUGGCUGUCGGCAUUGCAGCUGGAAGCGAUCACCUAUGCAGCCCAGCAACAUGAAACAUUCCUACCCAAUGGAGACAGGGCUGGCUUCUUGAUAGGGGAUGGUGCAGGAGGAGGGAAAGGAAGGACCAUAGCUGGAAUCAUCUACGAAAACUACCUUUUGGGUCGAAAGAGAUCAGUGUGGUUUAGCGUUUCAAACGACCUGAAAUACGAUGCAGAAAGAGAUUUGCGAGAUAUCGGAGCAAAAAAUAUUUUGGUUCAUUCACUAAACAAGUUCAAAUAUGGAAAAAUUUCUUCCAAACAUAACGGAAGUGUAAAGAAAGGUGUCAUAUUUGCGACGUACUCGUCUCUUAUUGGAGAAAGUCAGUCUGGUGGCAAAUAUAAAACUAGACUUAAGCAGCUUCUUCACUGGUGUGGCGAUGACUUCGAUGGAGUUAUUGUAUUUGAUGAAUGUCACAAAGCUAAGAAUCUGUGUCCCGUUGGCUCUUCUAAACCAACGAAGACCGGCCUGGCUGUUCUGGAGCUGCAGAAUAAACUUCCAAAGGCCAGAGUUGUUUACGCUAGCGCCACAGGUGCUUCUGAGCCUCGUAAUAUGGCGUACAUGAACCGCCUUGGGAUAUGGGGUGAAGGAACCCCAUUUCGGGAGUUCAGCGACUUUAUUCAGGCUGUUGAAAGAAGAGGUGUGGGUGCCAUGGAAAUUGUUGCUAUGGAUAUGAAGCUGAGAGGAAUGUACAUAGCAAGACAGCUGAGCUUUUCAGGUGUGACCUUCAAGAUCGAUGAAGUACAGCUUUCCCCGCACUACGUUAAAAUGUAUAACAAAUCUGUGAAACUGUGGGUUAGUGCCAGAGAGAAAUUCCAGCAAGCCGCCGACCUCAUCGACGCUGAACAACGAAUGAAGAAAUCGAUGUGGGGCCAGUUUUGGUCAGCCCAUCAGAGAUUUUUCAAAUACCUCUGCAUAGCAUCAAAAGUUAAAAGGGUGGUGCAGCUGGCAAGGGAAGAGAUAAAGAACGGCAAGUGUGUUGUUAUUGGGCUGCAGUCCACGGGGGAAGCAAGAACACUGGAAGCCUUGGAGGAAGGUGGCGGUGAACUGAAUGACUUCGUGUCCACAGCAAAGGGAGUGUUUCAGUCCCUCCUCGAGAAGCAUUUCCCAGCUCCUGACAGAAAGAAGCUCUUUAGUUUACUGGGAAUAGACUUGUCUGCUCAGAGUAACCACAACUCGCCUAGAGACAGCCCUUGCAAGGAGGACAAAGUAAAGAAACGCAAAGGUGACGAAAUAACCAGAGAGGCCAAGAAAGCCCGUAAAACUGGUGGAUUGGCGGGGAGCAGUUCCGACGAAAGCUACAGCGAGUCGGACAUCUCGGACAACGAAGAGAGCGAUAACGAGAGCUCCAAGUUCUUAAGCUCUGGGGAUGACGACGACUUCAAUCCAUUUAGGGACGAAUCUAGUGAGGAUGACGAAGAUGACCCCUGGUUGAUUAGAAAAGAGCACAAGAAAACCAAGGAGAAGAAGAAGAAGAAAAGCAUCGACCCAGAUUCCAUACAGAGUGCCUUACUAGCGUCUGGCCUGGGAUCCAAACGACCAAGUUCUCUCUCUUCCACGGCUGUUACCUCAACAACCACUCAUACGUCUGCCAACAGUAACACAAACAGCUACAUCACUAGUCAGGACGCCGUCGAAAGAGCCCAGCAGAUGAAAAAAGAAUUGCUCGACAAACUGGAAAGACUCUCAGAAGAUCUUCCUCCGAACACACUGGACGAGCUCAUAGAUGAAUUGGGUGGUCCCGAAAACGUGGCAGAGAUGACAGGUCGCAAAGGGAGAGUCGUGAGCAACGAUGACGGCAGCAUCUCUUACGAGUCACGGUCCGAGCUUGACGUUCCCGUGGAGAUCCUGAAUAUUACAGAGAAGCAGAGGUUCAUGGAUGGAGAUAAGAACAUCGCCAUCAUCUCAGAGGCGGCCAGCUCGGGCAUUUCAUUACAAGCAGACCGCCGAGCCAAAAACCAGAGGCGAAGAGUGCACAUGACCUUGGAGUUGCCGUGGAGUGCGGAUAGGGCCAUACAGCAAUUUGGUCGAACCCACAGGUCGAACCAAGUGACUGCCCCAGAGUACGUCUUCCUGAUUUCCGAGCUAGCAGGAGAGCAAAGGUUUGCAUCUAUCGUGGCCAAGCGACUGGAAAGCUUGGGCGCUCUCACUCACGGAGACAGACGAGCCACAGAAACAAGAGAUCUCAGCAGGUUCAACUUUGACAACAAGUAUGGUCGAAAUGCCUUGGAAAUAGUCAUGAAGUCUAUCGUAAACUUGGAUUCUCCAUUGGUGUCUCCACCUCCUGACUACCCAGGAGAAUUUUUUAAAGAUGUUCGACAAGGAUUAAUAGGCGUGGGCCUAAUCAAUGUAGAAGAUCGAUCCGGGAUUCUGACACUCGAUAAAGAUUACAACAAUAUAGGGAAAUUUCUAAACCGGAUUCUGGGCAUGGAAGUGCAUCAGCAGAAUGCUCUGUUCCAGUACUUCUCGGACACGCUCAACGCGGUGAUACAGAACGCUAAGAAAAAUGGAAGAUACGACAUGGGCAUUUUAGAUCUGGGUUCAGGAGAUGAAAAAGUGAGGAAAGCGGACACGAAAAAAUUUCUGACGCCAGGAUAUUCUACCUCGGGACAUGUAGAACUGUACACUAUCAGUGUGGAGAGGGGUAUGUCUUGGGAAGAAGCAACUAAGAUUUGGGCUGAGCAGACUGGACCGGAGGAUGGGUUCUAUUUAUCGUUACAGAUACGAAAUAAUAAGAAGACGGCCAUCCUCGCGAAGGAGGUGAAUCCCAAAAAGAAGCUUUUUCUACUAUACAGGCCAAAUACUGGGAAACAGCUCAAAUUGGAAACCUAUGCAGAGAUAAAGAAAAAAUAUAAGAAGGUACCUUCUGAAGAUGCCUUUCCCCACUGGCUAGAGCAGCACACGUCCUCAGCAGACACCUGCACCCAUGCUUACUGGAGAGGCAACUGCAAGAAAGCCAGCCUGGGCCUGAUCUGCGAAGUGGGCUUGCGUUGUCGGAUGUAUUACGUCCUUUGCGGUUCAGUCUUGAGCGUCUGGACGAAGGUAGAAGGAGUUCUAGCCUCCGUGAGCGGCACCAACGUCAAGAUGCAGAUUGUUCGGCUAAGGACGGAGGAUGGGCAGAGGAUUGUAGGCUUGAUCAUUCCCGCCAGCUGCAUGUCUCCCCUCGUCAACCUCCUGUCGACGUCCGACCAGUCUCAGCAGCUGGCGGUGCAGCAGCAGCAGCUCUGGCAACAGCACCACCCGCAGAGCCUCACCUAUUUCAACAACGCGUGAGGAGGGCGGGGCGCCUCUUUGGGAAACCAUCCGUUCAAGGCAUAUCAUUCGUGUUUGAAAGAAAUAUCAGGGACAGAUUCCAAAGAAUAUUAACUUUCAGUUCCAUCAUUCCCUCUCAGAACUGCGCAGGAGCAGAGAGGCACCGUGAAGGGUGAUCCAACUGAAAGCCCGGCAUUGCUUUACAGUGGUCCAUGUGUCUUCUUCUUUUUUUUAAUUAUUCCCCGUGCUCUCUGUAGUGCUUCCUGUUUGAGAUUUCUUUUUUACCAUUUUUUGUGUGUGUGUGCGCGCGCGCAUCCUACUCAAGCUACCAAACUCACGGCUUUUGUUUUGGAAGAGGCUUGAAAGUUCCCGGCCAAGCUGUCCAUCCGUUCUCCUCGUCAUCCAGCGCUCAGGGUUUAAUGCAGUGCAUCGGUGCCAUUGCUGCAGAGGGGGAGGUCCUCAGAUGCAUGUUAUUUUGAGUUUGUGUACAGAGACAAUGAAUCUACAAUGGCAGGGGAAGUGUGUGCGGCGCGGCGCAGCGGUCUCCGCUUACGAAAAAAAAGAGUACGUUUAUUUUUUGAAAGAGGAUAAGCAUGGGAAAUCCAGAAGUUCCGCAAACCAUGUGUCCGUUCCGGUCCGUUUCCCGUUUCUGUUUCCGGCUGUGCAUGUCUUCGGAUCGGGCAUGAAUGGGAUCUUGCCCCCCAAACGUCAGCUGGGAGAGAGAGACACACAAUCUCGCUGUGGCGUUGAGGGACCGCGUUCUGAUUGUUAGCUUCUGCCCAGCUACUGCAUUUUUCUGCCUUUUCUCCUUGAGGUUAUAUAUUUGAAUCUGCAGCUUGUUUUAUUUUUGUGUGUGUGUGAACAAAAAUCUUAAAUUUUUAAAAGUUCAUUUUUUUAAUGUAUUAAUGGUGUUCCUAAUGUGUGCUGCAAGGAUGGCUUUUAAAAAGCCUGAUUUCUUUCAAUUUGUGUUUGUGUUGUUUUUUUCCUUUUCCCCUCCCUCUAAAACAUUACCUUUUAUCCAGUGAGGUUUCCAGAAACUUAAGUGCAAAUUCUCUUCCAUUUCACACGGCAGUCCUAUUUUUAUGGUUUUGUUUUUUUUUUUUUGUUUUUUUGUUACUGAAGACUUGAGCUGUAAAUUAGACAUGGGAGGGGGGGAGGGGGCACGCAAGGAUUCCGAUGUAUGUACUUUUUUUUCUGUUGCCCCGUAAUUUGAAUACUGUUUAUGUUGUAAGACAUUGUAGAGUUUAUCCUGGAGCUGUUUAAAAUUGUAAAUGUACAAAAUGUGAAUAGUCACUUAUCUAUAAUAUGGGUAAGUUUUGUUUUGCCUAUAAUAGUAGAUGUUUAUAAGAAAGUGAAGGACAAUGUUUGUCAUUUCUUGCUUGCACAGGUUGCACUAUUGAAAAUUUGAGAUUGUAUAAACCUGUCCACAA